UGUUUGUUAUUUUAUGUGCGUGUGUGUACUUGUGUAAGUGUGCCUGGGGGGACCAGAGAGAGUUGGAACUGGAGUUACAGAUAGUAAUGAUUACCGGGAACCAAACUUCAGCUCCCUGCAAGAGCAGCAGGUAUUUUGUUGUUUCAUGGAUGUUUUGCUUGCACAUGUCUAUGUGUGCGGUGUGUCUGCAGAGGCCAGAAGGGGCGUCACUUCCCUAGGGCUGGACUUACACCCUACUGUGAGCAGUCAUGUGGGUGCUGGGAAGUGAGUCUGGGUCUACUGGAAGGACAGCCAGUGCUCUAACCCUGAAUGGUCUCUCCAGUCUCUUGGGGUUUUUUUGGGUUUUUUUGUUUUGUUUUGUUUUGUUUUGUUUUGUUUUAGUGCUUUGUUUGGUUUUAUAGACUUGGACCAGCUGUGUGACAGUGGAGUGGAUGGUCAUACAAAAUAGCUUUAAGUCUCCAAUGUGCUGAAAUUAACUAUGUUUCCCCUUUUCUGGAUGGAUUUUUUUUUCCCCUUGCCAGUACUGGGAAUUGAACCCAGAGCCCCAUGCAUGCAAGGCUCCUAGCUGGAGUCACCAGUCCUGGACGAAUGCCCCUUCCAUUUCCUAACUACUCUCCUUUUCAUGUUUCCUUUGGUUUCUCCUGCAGCCCAGGGUGACCUUGAACUCCAGAUCUGUUUGCCUGUGCAUCUCAGGUGUUGUGGUGACAGGAUGCUAAGGAUUAUUCUAUUUUUAUUUCUGUGCAUGUAUAUAGCAGGGAGCUAUGUGAACAGGGGUGUAGCGCUCAUGGAGGCCAGAAGAGGGUAAUGAGUCUCUUGAACUUGUGUGACAGGCUAGGAGGUUAUGAGCUGCCUGAUACAGGUGCUGGAAACCAAGAUCCGGUCCUUUGCAAGAGCAGCAAGCCUGUUUUGUUUUGUUUUGUGACAGGGUUUCUCUGUGUAGCCUUGGCUGUCCUGGACUUGUUUUGUAAACCAGGCUGGCCUUGAACUUACAGAGAUUCGCCUGCCUUCCAGAGUGCUGGGAUCGCAGGCAUGCACCCAUCACAACCAGCUAGCAGCAAGCAUUCUUAACCACAGAGCCACCUCUCCAGCCCUGCCCCUUAGUUUUUAAGUAAACCUUGGAGAUGCUAUUUCAUCCAUAAGAUUUUUCUCUCGCCCUCCCCUUUGCCCUUCCUCUUUCCAUUGUAGCAUCAUUGUAGUACAUGAAGUUUUUAUGGUAACUGGCUGGCUUCAAACUUAAAAAAUUUCAUCAGCUCCAUUAGUGCAUGGCUUGCAUACACCGCCCACUGGAUAUCUAGUGUUCUAAGAUGCAAGAACUUUUCAGCACCUUCUUCCCCUCUGUGUAUUUAGCACCAGAUUGAAAGUUAUAACCUGCACAAAGCCAGACCUGCACAGCAAUGUAUGGGAGUCGGCCUGGCCAGCCAUCAAACCUCAAGGGACUCCAGGAACACUUUUGAUGAGAAUUCAGAUGAAUGGAGAUGCUGCAAGUCCUGAAGAUAAUGGUCUUGGGUGGGAUCUCUAAGACACUUGCUGAGGAGGACAAUUAACCAUAAGUGCUCAUGUGCCUUGAGGACUAUUUGUCACAAGCUUACAGAAUGAGAACUGUUUUCUUUGGUCCUGGGGCCAGCCCCUCACUGGGGGGUUCUAGGCAGGGGCUCUACCACUGAGCCACACCCCAGCCCCUCACUGGGGAUUCUAGGCAGGGGCUCUACCACUGAGCCACACCCCAGCCCCUCACUGGGGAAUUCUAGGCGGGGGCUCUACCACUGAGCCUCACCCCAGCCCCUCACUGGGGGAUUCUAGGUUGGGGCUCUACCACUGAGCCACACCCCAGCCCCUCACUAGGGGAUUCUAGGCAGGGGCUCUGCCACUGAGCCACACCCCAGCCCCUCACUGGGGAAUCCUAGGCAGGGGCUUUACCACUGAGCCACACCCCAGCCCCUCACUGGGGAUUCUAGGCAGGGGCUCUACCACUGAGCCUCACCCCCCCUCACUGGGGGUUCUAGGCAGGGGCUCUACCACUGAGCCACACCCCAGCCCCUCACUGGGGGUUCUAGGCAGGGGCUCUACCACUGAGCCACACCCCCCUCACUGGGGGUUCUAGGCAGGGACUGGGCUACAUCACCAGCUCUUUCUCUUUAAAUUUAUGCGGGUAUGUGCCCGUGCAUGUAGAUGGCCUCUAGGGCCAGAAGAGGGCUUUGGAUCUGGAACCAUGUGGUUGUGAGCUGGUUGGAUCUGGUUCCAUGUGGUUGUGAGCUGCCUGAUAACAUUCUGGGAACCAAACCCCUUUAGAGCAGUGAAUUCUCUUAACUACUGAGCCAUCUUUCUGGCAUCCUCACUUCUUUUUAUUUUGCUUUUUGAGAUAGCAUCCUGCAACUGCCCAGGCUGACCUUGGGACUCACUGUGUAGUCCUUGAACACAGCCCUCUUUCUCAGCCUUCUGAGUGGCUGUUUUUACAGGUCUGUUGCACUGCACCGGCCCUGGCUGCUCAAGAUAUUUUAUUUUACUUCUGGCGGCCAGAAGAGGGCAGCAGUUUCCCUGAGGACAGUUGGCAGGAGCAAGUUCUCCCCCACCAGCUGCGCCCGGGGGAUGGAAUGCGGGUCAGCAGGCCAGGUGGCAAGUGCCUCGCUGAGCCAUGUGGUGGGAGGAGAGAGCGGACUCCCGGCAGCUGUCCCCACCUCCACACAGGCACUGUGGACACACACACAACGCUGGGGGAUGUGGCUGGGGGAUGGCUUGCCACUUUAGCGCAUUUGUUGCUCUUGCAGAGGACCUGGGUUGGGUCACAAAAGUCUGUAGCUCCUGUUGUACAGGAUCUGAUGCCUUCUGACCUCUGCCAACACCUAGCACACAUGUGCUGUACACAUACAUGCAGGUAAAAUACUCAUAAAUACAACUUCAAAGCCAGGCGUGGUGGCAAUCCCAGCAGUCGGGGAGGCAGAGGCAGGUGGAUCACUGAAUUCAAGGCCAGCCUGGUCUACAGAGUGAGCCCAGACAGCCAGGGCUACACAGAAAAAUCAUGUCUCAAACAAACAAAAAAAAAAAAAAAAAAACACACAAAACAAAGCUCAGCAACAAAAACCUUUUAAAGAAUACAAAAAGUGGACUGGAGAGAUGGCUUAGCCCUAAAGGCAAAGCUCACAACCAAAAAUACAAGAAAACAAAAAAGACUGGGGGAAAAAAGUGUUAGCAUGAGGCUAAAUGUUCCCAUGCUCACCUUUAACCCCAGCAGUCGGGAGGCAGAAGCAGGUGGAUCCCUGUGAGUUCCAGGCCAGCCUGGACUACAGAAUGAGUUCCAGGACAGCCAGGGCUGUGUAGAGAGACCCUGUCUCAAAAAUUCUUUUAAAAAAGUACACACACACACACACACACACACAUAUAUAUGCAUGACCCAAUUCUUUAGCAAACUGAAACACAUCUGCUGUCCAUGAAUUUUUGUUUAGAUUUUCUUGGAAGCCCUUAAGAUAGAUGUAAAUCAAGAGAGAAAAGGUAUUUAAAUCUAAAGUAGGUUGAUUACUUAAUUUCCAAUUAUUUAAAUUGGAAGACAUCUCCUGCCCCAGUAUCUCCCACUCUGCUAACCCAGGGUCUUGACAAAGGAACUGUUUGUUUUCUGAGACAGGGUCUCUCUGUGUAGCCCUGGCUGUCCUGGAACUCACUCUUAGACCAGGCUGUCCUCGAACUCACAGAGAUCCGCCUGCCUCGGUCUCCUGAAUGCUGGGAUUGCAGGCAUGUGCCACCACCUGGCCCAGCUCGAGAAGGAAAUUUGUAGUGCCAAUUUUUUUUGCCCUCUUCUGAGAUAGAGAAACAGCCGCUUGGGGGAGAAAGUUCAACAAAAGCCCUGGAGAAAUUCUGGGGCCGGGCCCUUGCUUUAAGCAAGCACCAGGGGGAGCCGUCGGGGAGCCCGCGAGCCUCCUCUGAAGCUUUCCUUGAUUCUGUCAACUGGACCGGACAAGCGCAGAAGAGACCGAGGGAUUCUUGUUCCCUUUUCCCUUUCCCUUUUGUCUUCCCUCUUCCUACUCCUCUACUCACUAUCCCCCUCCCUCUCCCCCCCCCCCCGUCUGCCUAGUAGCUCAGGAUGGUCUUGAACCCAUAAUCCUCCUUACCUACAACUCCCCACUGGUGGAGUUACAAUAACAGGCGUGCACUACUGUGUCUGGCUUGAACUCAGAUCCUUCCCAUUCUUCAGCCUGAAGAAUCUGUGGGGUGGGGGUGGGGAGGUCUGCUGAAGAGACGGCUCAGUGAUUAUAAACGCUGGCUGUUCUUCCAGAGGACCCUGGUUCAAUUCCCAGCACCCACAUGGCAGCUCACAACUGUCUGUAACUCCAGUUCCGGGGGCUCUGACACCCUCCCACAGACAUACAAGCAGACAAAGCAUGUGUUCACAAAACAAAACAAAAAAAACUUUAAAAAAGAAGAGUGUGCGUGCGCACUGAGGGAAAGGGGCUCCUUUUCUCCCACCGUACAUCUUCUUCCUUCUAGCACAUUCCUUCCUCCCUCUUCAUAUAUGCACACCUGUCUCAGACCCCCUCAAAGCUGUUGUCAGCGCCAUCCUCUUCUGCAGCUGCAGCCCUAACCAUGCACCUCUGAGCCCGCCCUUUAACCUCUCCCCUCACUUGCCUCCCUCUGCCCAGCCUUGGGCCUGCCCCAUGCCCAUGCGUCUCUGCGGGACUCUCUCUCUGGUCCUCCGCUCUCCCUCUCUCCGGGCUCCAAAGGCAGCCUUCUGUCUGGGAUUCCCGGGAGGAUCUAUCAUGGGUCUGCCCCUGCCCCCAGGAAAGCCCUCGUUGCCCCUAGGGAAAGGACACAUCAGGUAGUUAGCCUGUCCCUCUCCCCGCCCCCCCCUCACCGCUGCAGCCUGGGAAUUCAAGGCUCUGGCUACAUACAUCACCUUGCCCCAGUGACCAGGCAGGAGCACAAGCCUGAAUUUCAGGUCCAGAAAUCACUUGAGUGUCAGGGAGCUCAUAAAAUCUCUCCCGGUCAGGCUGCUGACCCCCUGUCCCCUCCUCCUCUGAGACGAGCGCAAGGAGGGGUUUGGGCAUAUAUAGGGAGCUGCUGUGGGUGGGGCUGGCCAGAGAGGCUCUGGCAGAGAAGGUGAGGAGGUGGGAGUUGACAGGGCAGCGGGGCUGGGAGGGCAUGAGCCCUUUCCUGUUCUGUAGAAGGCUCGCUGCCAGGCUGUGCGGUGCUGGGCAUACGGCAUCAGCCUGGGCUCUGCAGCCACUGAGCAUCUCCUGACCAGCCACAGCCCUCCUUCUGUGUUCCCAGCAGGAAGAUGGCUUCUGCAGCAGCAGAGGGAGAGAAGGGGUCUCCCGUGGUGGUGGGCCUGCUGGUCGUGGGCAACAUCAUUAUUCUGCUGUCAGGCCUGGCCCUGUUUGCUGAGACAGUGUGGGUGACCGCCGACCAGUAUCGCGUGUAUCCGUUGAUGGGCGUCUCAGGCAAGGACGACGUGUUCGCUGGCGCCUGGAUCGCCAUCUUCUGUGGUUUCUCCUUCUUCGUGGUGGCCAGCUUCGGCGUCGGAGCUGCACUCUGCCGCCGUCGGUACAUGAUCCUCACGUACCUGCUGCUGAUGCUCAUAGUCUACAUCUUUGAGUGCGCCUCCUGUAUCACAUCCUACACCCACCGAGACUACAUGGUGUCCAACCCGUCCCUCAUCACCAAGCAAAUGCUGACCUUCUACAGUGCGGACACCGACCAGGGCCAGGAGCUAACCCGCCUCUGGGACCGGAUCAUGAUUGAGCAAGAAUGUUGUGGCAUGUCUGGCCCCAUGGACUGGGUGAAUUACACGUCAGCCUUCCGGGCAGCCACUCCAGAAGUGGUGUUCCCCUGGCCCCCGCUGUGCUGUCGUCGCACAGGAAACUUCAUCCCCAUCAACGAGGAAGGCUGCCGAGUGGGCCACAUGGACUACCUGUUUACCAAGGGUUGCUUCGAGCACAUCGGCCAUGCCAUUGACAGCUAUACGUGGGGUAUAUCGUGGUUUGGCUUCGCCAUCUUGAUGUGGACGUUCCCAUGGAGGUCAGAAAAAGGUGUCGGGUCCCCUGGAACUGGAGUUACAGAUGGCGGUGAACCACCAUGUGGGUCUUCUGGAAGAGCAGCCAGUUCUCCUAACCACUGUUUGUUACGACUCAGGAAUUUUUCUCAACCCACUGGUACCAGAUGGAAUACAGAAAGAAGCUGUGUGUGAUGACACACACCUAUAAUCCCAGGACUCGGAGAAGGGUCGCUGAAGGAUCAGGAGUUCGAGGAUUCCAGCAAAUCAGAGGCCAGUCUGGGCUACAUGAGGCCCUAUUUCAAACAGAACCGAACCAAACCCGAAAAGAACAGACUGAAUUGGGCACACGGUGGCACACUGUGGUUUUUCCAGAACUUGAGAGGUCAGGUGAGGGUGGAGGGUGGAGAAGCAGCUGCCAAUCAUCCCCAGUCCUACUCUGCUACCCAGGAAGACCCGUCCAUCCCAGCAGGGAAGAACCAAGGAAACCACGAGCCGGCAUCACAAGGAGGUUUUUUCCUUCAUUCCUUAGAUAUUUACAUUUCCAAUUAAAAAAGAAAAAAAAGCUUUUGCAUGGCUGCUGGGGAUCUGAACCCAACUCCUUAAGACUGAGCAGCCAGCCUUUCACCCACUGAGCCAUCUCUCCAAGUCUCAGACAUUUCAGUUUUAACAACUUAAAAAAGUAAGCCACGGGAGCUGGAGAAAUGGCUCAGAGGUUAAGAGCGCUGCUUGCUCUUCCAGAAGUCCUGAGUUCAAUUCCCAGCAACCAUAUGGUGGCUCACAACCAUCUAUAAUGAGAUCUGGUGUCCUCUUCUGACCUGCAGGUGUACAUGCAGGCAGAACAUUGUAUAUAUAAUAAAAUAAAUAAAUCUUUAAAAAAAAAUAAAAAAAAAUUUAAAUAAAAAAAAGUAAUGCCACUCCACUGCUGGUUGUGUGAAAUGUACACAGAGGGAAGAAUUGUUCUGUCAAGCAUUUCUGAACUUGCCCUGAGCAGUUCAGACAGGCCGGUGGGAGUUGUGUUUGGGAGCUUUUUGGCAGAACUGGCCUGUGGGGGAGGGGGUCAGGUGGGCAGACCCCCUUUUCUGUCCCAGGUGUGCCACCACUGUGUCUGGCUCCUCCUGUCCACAUACCCUCGAGUGGCUCAGCUGGACUGACAGGAGUGUGGCCUGAUGGAGACAGCCUGGGCUGGAAGGACAGGUUUCUCCUGCCCGGCCUCUUGCCCAGUGACCAGUGGGUAAGAGGGAAGCAGACAGGCAAGGGCCAGGUCAGAACAGGGACCGUAGAAAGGACAGGAGGCCAUCUGGUGCCUUCCUCACACAAACCUCCAGCCUUUUCAAGGCUGCACUGUCCCUCCAUCUCUAACUAGCCAGGGCUCGCCAGUGCCCAGGGCACAUGGUCUAGUUCCUCCCCUGUUGGCUCUGUCCCUUGCCACUUCCCCAUGCUUAUCUCUUUCCCGGCCCGCUGAGCAUCUCAGGUGAACUCACACAACAGAAAGAAUAAUGUAAU